ACUGUGCAGCGCGACGCGGCGGCUGGGAGAAGGGUGGUGGGGCGGAGCGCAUGCAACCGUGAAUAAAGCGUACGCGCCGAGGAAGCACCAGCAGACAGCAGUCAUGGCGACGGUGGCGACGGUGGCGGCGGCGGCGGCUCUCCUUUUGGUAGCGCAGACGGCCGGUGUUCGCGCUCAACAAAUCCAACUGACUGACAGAUCUAUUCUAUCUGCUCUAUUUGACCGACCUGGUGAACCAUUGGUAAAUGCCAUUGGAAAUAUUCGUUUCAAUGUGCCACCAAAUUUCCUGCCCACGACCUACAGAAAUGUUACCCUAGAAAAUCGUUUUGGUACUUCACCUCAAGUCACUAUACCAAACAACACUAAAAUUCCAGACCUAUCUCUACCAAUUCAACUUAGACGUAAUGAACCUUUUUCUCUCUUCAUUCCAAUGCAUCGAAAAAUGGCUGCAAGACUUAUUGAUGUGCUUGUAGGUCUGAAGAAGUAUGAAGAUUUUGUCACAACAGUGGUAUAUUGCCGUAGUCUUUUGAAUCCAUUGCUUGUGAGCUAUGCUUAUUCUGUAGCAAUUCUUCAUCGUAAUGACACUCGAAAUCAGGCUCUACCAAAUUUUGCUUGCAUUAAUCCAGGAAGAUUCCUCAGUGCUCGUGGUAUAGCUAAAGAAUUACAAGAACGAACAAAUGCACCCAUCACAGAUGAGCAGAGAGUUCGAAUGCCUAUAGAAAUCCCAAUGGACUUUACUGGAACUGAUUUAGAUGUAGAGCAUCGUGUUGCUUACUUCCGAGAGGAUGUUGGUAUCAAUCUUCACCAUUGGAAUUGGCAUCUUGUAUAUCCAUUUGAAGGACCAAGGGAGGUUGUAGACAAAGACAGAAGGGGAGAGUUAUUUUUUUACAUGCACCAACAGAUUAUUGCCAGAUAUAAUUUUGAAAGAUUAUCCAAUAAACUGAAACUGGUUCAGAGAUUUAUAAAUUGGAGGGAGCCAAUUCCAGAGGCUUAUUUUCCAAAACUUGAUAGUAUGCUCGCUAGCCGUGUGUGGCCACCUCGACAAGCAUUUGCUCUCAUAAGAGAUAUUGCACGUCCAGUUGAACAAACAUAUAUAGAUUUGCAAGAUAUGGAAAGAUGGCGAGAAAGAAUUUUCCAGGCUAUUCAUGAUGGUCGAGUGCAAAAUGUAAAUGGAUCUUUUGUACCAUUAAGUGAACGAAAUGGAAUUGAUAUUCUUGGGAACAUUUUAGAAGCAAGUGAUCUGUCAAUAAAUCCAAAUCUAUAUGGAAAUCUCCACAACGUAGGACAUUUAUUACUUGGAUUCAUACAUGAUCCUGACCAUCGUCACUUGGAAUCUUUUGGAGUCAUUGGUGAUUCUGCAACAGCAAUGAGAGAUCCAAUAUUCUAUCGAUGGCAUGCAUUUAUUGAUGAUCUAUUUCAAGAACACAAGAACACUCUUCCUCGCUAUACAGAUCGACAUCUUGGAUAUCCUGGAAUUACAAUAAAAUCAGCUGAAUUGCUCACAAAUGGAAAACAACCCAAUAUUUUGAACACAUUCUGGCAAAAAAGUGAUUUGGAACUUUCUCGAGGAUUAGACUUCCUACCACAGGCUCAGAUAUUUGUACGAAUCACACAUUUACAAUAUACUCCUUUUGUUUACAGAAUUAGAGUUCAGAACUCAGGAAAAGAGCGGAUGGGAACUGUAAGAAUUUUUAUGGCACCACAUUUUGAUGAUCGUGGUCUUCCAAUGAGGCUUCGUCAACAGAGAGGUCUCUUCAUAGAAUUGGAUAGAUUCCUUGUUCUCUUAAAAAGUGGAGAUCACACUUUUAUUCGGAAUUCUACUCAAUCUAGUGUCACCAUUCCUUAUGAAAGGACAUUUCGUAAUCAAGACAGAAAUCAAGCUACAUCAGAAGACACAAAUUAUUGUGGGUGUGGUUGGCCUCAGCAUAUGCUUUUACCUAAAGGCACUCCUGAUGGUCUGCAAGCAGAUCUCUUUGUGAUGGUGUCAAAUUAUGCUGAUGAUCAAGUAAAUCAACGAAGUACUAAUAUGUGCCGAGAUGCAUCAAGUUACUGUGGUGUAAGGGGAGAAAAGUAUCCUGAUCGACGAGCUAUGGGAUUUCCAUUUGAUAGACCUCCUACUGAAGGUGUCGAAACUUUGGAAAGCUUUAAGCAAUUAGGAAAUGGAAACAUGUUUUCUAGAAGAGUUGCUAUUUUUCACACCGGAUAAUGGUUUAAUCAUCUCUCAACCUUCUUCAAUACAUUUGAUUUUCAUUAUCAAAUUGUUUAUUACAGAAUAUUGUAUAAGAAAUUGUGGAUUUGCCUUCAAAACUUUCAUAUUUACAAAGUAAUGACAUAUAAAAUUCACUGACAUUCCCAUGAACGUUCAAUUGAUUAUGAUUCUUAGUUUCCAAAGAGUUUUGUUCUAUUGAAGCCAUCCCUCAAUUCAAAAAGAAUUAUUUUUGUUUUUUACAGUGAAAUGCAUUGAUGUGUCUUAAGUUUCAAUUGUGUUUUUUGUCAUUAUCUUCAUCUUGGAAGAAAAUCUGCCUUUAUAUUGUUUCUAGAAAAAAAAAUGUAAUAAAUAAAAAUUUAAAAUUUAA